AUUGUAGGCCAAAGUUAUUAGGCAUCACUCAAAUCUAAACAUUCUUUGUCAUUUUGUGAGAUAUAUUGUACUCACGUAACAAAUGGCUUCAAAAGCUCACUAUCAAGGCAAUCAAGUAUUCCGUAAAACAGAAAAGGGUUAUAUAGUUUAUCCGAAAGCUCUCAAUAUUGUUUGGGGAAACGAUAAACGCUUUUGGAAGUUACCCAAUUACGAGAAGGAUGGUGCGGAACUUAUACAAGUAAAUUGGUUAGAGGUAACUGGUUGCAUUGACAAUGUAGAGAAGAAAACGGUAUAUGAUAUUGGAUUUACAGUGUCACUAAUGACUGAUGCGUUCGGUUGGAGCAAUUCACCAAUUUACAUUAUGGCUAAAUGGGGAGAUAACACUCAAUGGAGAAAGGUGAAUUUAGCAAGUGAGAUUAAUGGCAAAAAGAUGACACCAAAAAAUAUUAAGAUAACAAAAGGGAAGGGGAACAAUGUUGAUAAGAUUUGUUUUGGAUUGUAUGAAGUUUGGAACAAAAAGUGGAAAGGAGGUCUCAAAAUUCAUUCUGUAAAUUUGACAGAGAUCUAGAAGUUAAUUUUAAUAGAGUGAAAUAGUAGUACUACAAGAAAGUUGUAAGACACAAAUAAGUCGAUUGUUGCCAUUCCAAUAAUCAGGUUAAUUAAGAAGAGAGGAAACUAAUCAAGUCAAAAGUCUUACUUUGUUCACGUAUUUCAGCGUGUUUUCUUACAUAAAUUUGUAUCUGUAUUUGUAUUGCUUGCAUCAUGAAUGAAACUACGAUUCCCCUGUCAUCUA